AUGCAUCGUGCAAGCCUCAGUGAAGAUAUUCUAAGACAAGCACGUGCAAGCGAUCCAAGUCAGGAAUAUUCGGAUGACAUUUUCAAUGAAGCUUUAAUAGUAAUGAAGGACUUAUGCAUGUCAAUCAACAACAAAGCUCUUUGUCAACUCGGUAUGCCAGCACCGACACGAGAUAGAAAUGCUGUACAAGACAGAGACUUGAUGCAUCGUGGAAAAGACCAAUCGAUGGGAGGCGCUCUUAUACUUCUUGCAGGUGAUUUUCGUCAAACAUUACCCGUUAUACCACGAUCAACGCCUGCAGACGAGUUGAACGCGUGCUUAAAGGCAUCGCAUCUGUGGAACUAUGUCGAAAAAAUUACGCUCACAACAAAUAUGCGAGUGCAUUUGCUGCAAGAUACGUCUGCCCAAAUAUUUUCAAAGCAACUUUUAGAUAUCGGAAACGGUAAAGUUCAUAUUGAUCGCACAACAAAUGAGAUAUCAUUUCCGUCCAACUUUUGUCAAAUGCAGCAGAGCAUUCAAGACGUCAUCGACAGAGUAUUUCCGAACUUAAUGAUCAACUACCGAAUUCCGGAAUGGCUCCGCGAACGUGCAAUUUUAGCUCCGAAGAACGAUGAUGUUAGUAAAUUAAACGGUCAAAUUCAAUUGAAAAUUCCAGGAGAAGCAGUCGAAUAUAAAUCGAUUGAUACAGUAAUGGACAAAGAUCAAGCUGUUAAUUACCCAACUGAAUUUCUUAAUUCUUUGGAGCCACCUGGAAUGCCUCCUCAUUCGUUGGCGUUAAAAGUUGGAUCACCAGUGAUGCUUAUUCGGAACUUGAACGCGCCGAAACUGUGCAACGGAACCAGAGUGAUAAUAAAAAAAUUAACACCGAAUUUGAUCGAGGCAACAAUCAUCAGCGGUAAAUUCAAAGGCGAAGAUGUGCUGAUUCCACGUAUACCGAUGAUUCCCAACGAUUUACCGUUCGAAUUCAAGCGGCUUCAAUUCCCUUUGCGUCUUGCCUUUGCUAUAACUAUAAAUAAAGCACAAGGGCAAUCAUUAACUAUUGCGGCAACGCGCGCCGGGUAUUGCUAG